AUGAGGAAGUCGACCUCUCCUACCACUGAUGUUUGCAGAUGUUUCUCAGUUCCAGUUUAUAAAACGUGAUCCGGUCAUCACGGCUUUUAUUGGAUUAUGAGGCUUUGGGACGGAGCAUGGUUUAGCAGCGAGAAACAGCAUAAAGAUCCCAGUUCCUGUUGUGCAGUGGAAGUGGCCAGGAACUACAAAAGUCCCAGGUCGAGAUGGCCCAGGAACUCAGAACCCGCAACUAGGAUCCUUGACUAAGUAAUUAAGACCUUAAAAGUUCAAGGACGGGCCCCCAGGAUGGCGGGAAAGAAGUCCAGCAUUUUGGGAAACCUACGGCAGAAGGCAAGGCCGUUCUUUGGGAACUUGCGCAGCCAAGGGGGCGGCAGCAGGCUUGAGGCGUCCCGGCGAAAGCAAGUGCCGGACUCCAGAAAAAGCACCGCUGCGGCAGACAUACGCCGUGCUCAAGCAAGGGAUGCAGAUGCCCCUGACAGCCUGCAUGCAGCCUGCAUGCAGUCUGCACCUGACUCUAGCAACACUACCGAGUGGGCUUCUGAGGAGUCCAUUUACAGGAUGGCCUCCCAGGAGCAGGACUCGGCACCGGCUGAGGCGCUGGACGACCCAGACUCAGCGGAGACUGUCUCCAUAGCAACAGGAGAACCACCAUCUGAGGAAGUAUCUCAGGAGCAGGAAAACAGCAGCUGCGAGCGUAAUGUCAACAGAUGUCAGGGCCUGGAGGGUAGCAGUGUCAUGGAGACAGGUCGUGGAGAGGCCCCAGCUGUACCUCAGAAGAUCCUCUACCUGCUCACUGUCAACCUAAAAGAAGGUCGAGACCUGGUCGUCCGGGAUCGCUGUGGCACAAGUGACCCCUACGUGAAAUUUAAAUUAGACGGGAAAACAGUUUACAAAAGCAAAGUCGUUUACAAGAGCCUCAACCCAACAUGGAAUGAGUCGUUCUCCUAUCCUGUGCACGAGCUGGAGAAGGCACUGCUGCUUAAGGUGUACGACCGGGACCUGACCACAGACGAUUUCAUGGGAGAGAGCAGCAUCUCCCUGAAUACGCUGGAACUUAGCAGAACACGCGAGAUGAAGUUGUAUCUAGGAGACCCAAACAGUCUGGAAAAUGACAUGGGUGUGAUAGUCGUGGAUGUUUGCCUGUCACUCAGAGGCAGCGGGGACAGGAGUCCCAUGGAUCUGAAGGUGGUUCCGAAAGGAAGAAAGUCCACAAGGCCGGCCUUGGGGGGUCACCGUGGAGCACUCUCCGAGUCCAUGAGGAUGCAGCAGCUGUGGAGCAGCGUGGCUCAGGUGACACUCGUGGAGCUUCGAGAACCGCCAGCUGAUGGACCUGCUGAUGUCUUUGUGCUCUUUAGACUCGGGGCCCAGAAGUACAGGAGCAAGAUUGUGUGCAAACAAUCCAGUCUACAGUGGAAGGAGAGAUUUGACUUCAAUCACUUCAUACAUGGACCUGAUACGCUGGAGGUGGAAGUCUGGGCCCGGGAUGGGCGAAAGCAUAAAGACAGCCUGGCCAUGUUUACGGUGGACCUGUCCCAGAUUCCCAUCAACCAGCAGCAGAUCUAUACACAGGUUCUGGAUGAUGGCACGGCCUCUGUGGUGUUCCUGAUCACACGGAUACCCGCCUUUGGGGUCUUCAUCUCAGACCUCUGGGCCUCACCCCUGAAGGACGCCAGUGAGAGGAAGCAGCUGGAGGACAGAUAUUAUUUGAAGAACACCUUCAGAAAUGUUCAAGACGUCGGUUUCCUCCAGGCCAAGAUUAUCAAAGCUGCGGAUCUGUCAGCAGCUGAUCUGAAUGGAAAGAGCGACCCAUUCUGCGUUGUACAGUUAGGGAAUGACAGGCUUCAAACUCAUACUGUCUACAAGACCUUGAACCCAGAGUGGAACACUGUGUUUUCCUUGCCCGUCAAAGAUAUUCAUGAAAGUCUGGAAGUGACAGUCUUUGAUGAAGACGGAGACAAACCUCCCGACUUCCUGGGGAAAGUGCUUAUUCCUUUGCUGUCUAUACAAAAUGGUGUACAGAACUCUUACCUGUUAAAAACACAUGACUUGGGGAGGCUGUCAAAAGGAAUAAUAUGUCUGGAAUUGGAUGUGUUUUUUAACCCGGUCAGAGCAGGCAUCAGAACCUUCAAGCCGAAAGAGACAAAGUUCAUUGAGGACAAUCCCAAAUUCUCCAAGAAGGUGUUACAGCGGAAUGUGUACCGUGUUCGGAAGAUGAGCCGCUCCAUCCUCUACACGCUGCAGUACAUUAAAAGCUGCUUUCAGUGGCAGAACACGCAACGGAGUCUGAUAGCUUUUGUGAUUUUCCUGGUCAUGGUGUGGCACUGGGAACUCUUCAUGCUGCCACUCUCCCUUCUCCUCCUCAUCGCCUGGAACUACUUCCAGGUCACCUCUGAGAAGGUCAGCCACGAUCUGGACCACAUAGACCUGGGUGAUGAUGAAGACGAGGAUGAAAAGGAAACGGAAAGAAGGGGUCUGAUGGAGAAAAUCCACAUGGUCCAAGAGAUCGUGGUCAGCGUUCAGAGUCUACUGGAGGAGACUGCAUGCCUCGGGGAGAGGAUCAAAAACACUUUCAACUGGUCCGUGCCAUUCCUGUCAACCCUGGCCUGCUUGGUUCUGUUCAUCGUGACGGUUAUAUUGUACUACAUCCCACUCCGCUACAUCAUCCUGAUAUGGGGAAUUAACAAAUUCACCAAGAAGCUCAGAAACCCCUAUGCCAUUGACAACAAUGAGAUCCUCGAUUUUCUCCAGAGGGUUCCUUCUGAUGUUCAAAAGGUGCAGUUCAGUGAGGGGAGAAUGUCUGCCAACCAGAGCCCACUGAAGAAGAAGAGGACUUCUCCAUAGGCACGGUGUGAGAACUCUCUCCGCUCAGCCUCCAUGAACCAGGAAGCCUCCACCUCUCUCUUCUCUGGUCUGGCAGGGGUGAAGGGAGUCCACCGGCUCGGAAGAAUUUGCCAGGGGCCAUCGCAUCAAGCUGUGUCUCACUGUCUGGGAGGACAGUUCUGAGACUCUGUGGAUGGGAAUGGCUGCUUUCACUUUCAGUGCCUCAGUCCCUCUGAGACCUUCGCAGUAGCAAAGCUGGCUUUUUUUACUAUAUACUUCUCAUAAGAACGUAAGAAAUUUACAAAUGAGAGGAGGCCAAUCGGCCCAUCAAGCUCGUUUGGGGAGAACUUAACUAAUAGCUCAGAGUUAGAAUCUUAUCUAGCUCUGCUUUAAAGGAACCCAGGGCUUUAGCUUGCACUACACUAGCAGGAAGACUGUUCCAUACUCUAACUACACGCUGUGCAGUUCAUUACAGUAAACGGCACACCAAUUUAGUGAAGGUCUUCCACUUUGAAAGUGAAUGUAUAAAAUCACUCUGCAAAUUAGAAUUAGAAUUGUGUCAAACCUUAUCUGAGAAAAUAUGGUUUCUUGCAAGUAAACUAUGUAUGACCUAGUCAGCAGGCUAUUACUAUGUGAUGAUUUUUAAGGAUACCACUAAAUAACUUUGUUUUGUUACAUACCAUCAGUUUAUCAUUCCUACCCACAAAACAUCCUACAGAUUCAGCAGGAUUCAAAGGGUCAAGUUCUCUUUUAUUACUGACUGUACAGUUAUGUUAUUAUUCAGAUUUAUAUAUAAUUAUAUAUGUUUCUCUCCCUUGUUCUUAGUCUUCAGAAAACCAAAGGGUUUUAUUGUAAAUAAUAUUAAAUAAAUAAAUAAAUAAAAGGUA